AUGAACCCAAACAACACGGAGUUUGGCGCGUCGCCCUCUCUGGAGCGUGUCGGGCAGCCCGCUCUGCUGUUUGAUGUCUCCCGGCGAAAUGAGAUCCAACCCGUUCCCCUGCUCACCGCGGACCGCCUCAACCUGCUCACCGACAACAAACAGCAGGAGGACACAGUUCAUCAGCCGGGUCGCAAAUACGUCCCCACGCGCUCCUCGGUCACGGGUGACUCUCCGUUAAACGUGCGCGCGGUUCACAUCAACAAAUCCCCGGGUACACUCUACGAGCCACCGGAGGCUACGUGGCCGCCACAGGGAGCCAAGAUGCGGAUCUCCAAGGCUAACAAGGGCGCGGUGGUGGUGAGAGCCGUCCGGCGGUAUCCGUCUCCUCAGCCGACCAGUCUGGAGAGUCUGGAGGCGGCUUGGAGCGAGAGAGGGCACCCGGAGGUGAAACCACCGGAGAGUUUACCGAGAGACGGCGAGGGAGACGCUGCUGGGAGCGGGGUGGAGGGUCAGGGAGGAGGGCCCCAGCGGAGCAGGAGGAAGGGGUUCAGACCCCCCGAUGUGAGGACCAUCUUCUCCCCCGAUGAGAGGGACCCCAGAGUGAAGGAGGAGUCCGGGGAGGGUCACACCUUCGAGGCCGGAGCGGAGGACACCUGGUGUGAUGCGUGCUGCCAGUACAUCUUCCAGCAUGGUCUCACCUGUACAGGUUGUAAAUACGCCUGUCACGCCGCCUGUCGGGACAGAGUGUCGCUGGACUGUCACCCCGCAGCGUCACCCGUCAGUCAGGACCAGCUCAACAACAACAACACACAGCUCCAUGAUGUGGAGAAGGAGAGAGAGCUGCGGACGGAGUUCAGCAGGGAGGAAAUCAGGCAGAAGGUCGAGCAGUACAACACAGUGACCAAAGACCACCUGAAAAUGACACUGGGUUCCUCUGGUGUGUACACUGGUUUCAUCAAAGUCCAGAUGGACUUGAGGAGGCCGGUGACGGUGCGGGGGGGUCAGAGAGGAGCAGGAGGAGCCGUGUUGGAGGAGGCCUUUUAUCUGCCCCGAGGAGUCACCAACACACUCCACAUCAGCUCCAAUAACACAGUCCGACAGGUGAUCAUCGCCUUGUUGAACAAGUUCACAGUCGCAGACAACCCGGCCAAGUACGCCCUGUACAAACGCUGCCGCAGAGAGGAGCAGGUGUAUGUGUGUGCUCUGGCGGAUGGCGAGCAGCCGUUGUUUCUUCGUCUGGUGGCGGGACCCGACACCGACACGCUCAGCUUCGUCCUGAGAGAACAACAGACGGGAGAAGUCGUGUGGGACGCCUUCUCCAUCCCCGAGCUGCGUAACUUCCUGCGGAUCCUCGACAAGGAGGAGCAGGAGCAGAGGGAGGCGGUGACCCGCCGCUACGAGGCGUACCGCCAGAGACUGCAGGAGGCGCUGAGGGAGGUCCGAGGGCCCUCUUAA